CGCUAGCGACUGUCACGCGUGUGUGCGGUCUCAUAGUGAUGACGUCACCAAAGGUCCUUUGGCUCAGUAGGCUCUUGCAUGCGCGGAGAAGAGAGGCACGGGGACUAGUGACGGGAGCUGACGAUUAUCUGGCUGCAGCUACAUAAAGAAUCAUGCCUCACAGGAAGAAGAAACCCUUCAUAGAAAAGAAGAAAGCGGUCACCUUCCAUCUGGUACACAGAAGUCAAAGGGAUCCACUAGCUGCUGAUGAAACUGCUCCUCAGAGAGUCUUGUUACCUGCUGACAAGGUAGAUACAGAAAAGAGGAAAGAGGAACAGAGGACGUUUGGGGUCUUCUUUGAUGAUGACUACAACUAUUUGCAACACCUUAAAGAAUCAGGACCUGCUGAACUUGUUCCUUCUGAAACACAGCGAGCACCAAGUCGGUUUGUAGUGACGGAGGAUGUGAAAGUAGAGGAGGCAGAUGAAUUUAUCCAGGGUCCUUCAAUAAAAUUGCCAUCUUCAGUCUUCGCAUCAGAAUUUGAGGAGGAUGUUGGCCUUUUAAACAAAGCAGCCCCGCGAGGUUUGUGCCUAGACCUGGACCCUGAUAUUGUGGCAGCUCUGGAUGAUGAUUUUGAUUUUGAUAACCCUGAAAACCAGCUAGAUGAUGACUUCAUAUUACAAGCCAAUGAUACUGCCACCAUUGUCAAAAACGAGUAUGGCACAGAUGAUAAUGAAUGGGAAGAUGUUGACAGUGAGGAAGAGGAUGAUGAUGAUGGGAGCCAAGAGGCUGACUUUGACUCAGAUGGUCCUUUUUCGUGUGAAGAGGGUGAAGGCGGAGAGGGCCCCACGCAAGAGUUUAUGUUUAUGCAGGAAGAGACAAAGAGCCGCUUCUCACAGUAUUCGAUGUCUUCCUCUGUCAUAAGACGAAAUGAGCAGCUUGCACUACUGGAUGAACGCUUUGAAAAGUUUUAUGAACAAUUUGACGAUGAUGAAAUUGGUGCCUUAGAUAAUGCAGAGCUGGAAGGAUUCAUCCAUGCAGAUAGCAGCCGCCUUCAGGAUGUUGUAGAGGACUACUUCAGGGAGAGGGCAAAAGAAUGCGUGAAACUGAAAGACCUGCAGCACAGAUCUGAACUGGAUUUAAUUGAAGAAGAUGAAGAGGAAAAGGAAGAAAUGCAGACUAUAGUUAUAGAAGAACCUGGGGAGAAGUGGGACUGUGAAUCUAUCCUGAGCACAUAUUCCAAUUUGUAUAAUCACCCGCAAAUGAUCAAGGAUCCACCUAAGGCCAAGCCAAUCAAGGUAUCUACUAAAACUGGUAUCCCACUGGGAGUUCUUCCUGAAAGAGGACUUACAGCAAAGCAAGUUGAGCGUAUGGAAAUGAUUAAUGGCGGAGACUUGGCCAAGGUGUCGACUCAGCCACGCUCCAAACAGGAAACCACUGAUGAGCGCAAAGCCAGGAAACAGGCAAUAAAAGAAGAACGCAAGGAAAGAAGAAUGGAGAAGAAGGCCAAUAAACAGGCCUUCAAAAUGGAAAAGAGUAGACAAGAGAAGGAGCAACUGAAUUUGAGACAGAACCUUCAAGGACUCAAGUUAUCAUAAGAGAUUGAGAGGAACGUUGCUAUUGGUGACAGAGACUUGGGCUCAAUGUGCAAACAUAAGUAGUGUACGACACUACAGGAACAUUAAGAAGUAGUGCAGGAUUUUCUAAAAGAAGGAUGGAUGGACAAAUUAACUUAAAUAAUGGUGUUUGAAUGAACACACUCUGUUUUCAUAGAUGGUACAUGCUAUAUUGUCUGUAUCGUGUCUGAAUUGUAAAUAAGGAGGAAGUAUAUGUCAAGUGUGCUGUUCAUAGACUGUUUGGAUUUUCAUAACACAUUACCCAUUAAAUAAUACUCUUUUAGAUGGAA